AUGGCUUGUCGCUUCUUUGAGGACAGGGAGCACGCAGUCUGCUACCAGAAGUACAGGAUGUGCCCCUCGGAGGAGCUCGUCGGGCGCCUGCUGGCCUUCCUGGAGAUAAAGAAAGGAAGACCCUUUUGCCUGGCUGUGGACGUGGGCUGUGGGUCGGGCCAGGGGACCCUCCGUCUAGCCCCGCACUUUAAGGAGGUCAUCGGGAUGGACAUCAGCGCCGCCCAGCUGGAGACGGCCCAGGCCCGCACCGAUGCCCCCAACAUCUCCUACAGGCAGUGUCCGGCAGAGGAGCUGCCCCUGGAAGAUGCUUCGGCAGAUCUAGUGGCAUCCAUGUCAGCUGCUCACUGGUUCGACUGGCCGCGGUUCAUCCGUGAGGCGUUCCGCAUUCUGAGGCCGGACGGAUGCCUGGCGCUCCUGAACUACACGAUGGACAUGAAACUAGAGGACGAGAAACACUCCCAGGAGCUCAAUGGCAUCUGCAGCGAGUUUUAUUCAGCUGUUCUGCCUUAUCGCUGUGCGUUCCUGGGCCCCCGAUCCGUGCCGCUCUAUAAAGAGAUGUUUGACUCCAUCCCGUACCCAGAGAAGGAAUGGCAUGAUGGCAUCUGGGUGAAGCAUGCCAUGCCCCUGUCCAGCUUUAUCGGCAUGUUGGAGACUUUCUCUAUGUACCAGGCUUUCCUCAAGGAGAACCCAGAGGAAGCCAAGAGGUUAUCCCAAGAUACCACACAAAGGCUACUUGCUGUGAUGGGAGAGACGUCUCCUGAGGUGGAAGUUGUCAUUGGGAUACAGUAUUACUACAUAGUAGCUCGCAAGCCUGCAGUGGCCUGA